AUGAUCCUAGCUAGUUGAUGCCACCAGUGACCUCCGACGCCCCGGGCAAGAGAACGCCACGAGGGAUAACGGGAGGAAGGCCGGCCGGGGCCGCCAAGGCAGUCCCAGGCUCGCGUAGGAGGCGCGCAGACCAGACAGGGGCAUCUUGCACCUUCGCAGCGCCCUGCACCCCGCCACCAUGUGCGAGCUGUACAGUAAGCGGGACACUCUGGCGCUGAGGAAGAAGCACAUCGGGUAAGGGCACCCUGGCCCGGAAGAAAGCGCAGAGAGGGGGCAAUAACGAGUGCAGAAGGUGGAGAGAGAAAGCCGGCUAGGGAACAAGCGAUGCGCUGCAGCCGCACUCCGUGCCCGCCGCGCCUGUGCACGCGCCCCGCGCGCCUCCACCUGCAGGGGCCGCGCGGGCUCCCAGAAACGCUCCUGGAACCCGGAACGCUGGGCUUCCUGCCCGCUCCAAAGUUCCCGGCUCGCUCUGCAGCCGGCGGACUAGCGGGGGCUGCCGGCCGGCUAGAGGGGUUGGUGGAUGACGGCCAGUAGCCCUAGCAGACACCAUUCCAGGGAUGGGAGAUGGGUGGAAGAAGGAUAGCGCUCGGCCACCCCCACACAACUCGAAAGUUUUUGGAAACUGUGAACUGAGAAAUAUUUUUUCAUGAUGGCUCCGCAAACAAACCAGUUCUGACAAUUUUUACUUAAAGUGAGCUUUUUCUUCUUGCAUGCUUGGUUAAGCGGUGAAGGGUUUAUCUAGCCAAUAGAAAAACUUGAAACCACCUUCUGUUAGAAAAGCAAGAGACUUUAUUUAGAUCCCUCUUACCCAACUUGGUCUCCCAAGCUGUGUUCUCCCCAGCCUGCUUGUCUUGCCCCCGUCACAAACGACUUAGUAAUAUAAUGGCCCUCAUGCAAAGUUUUCUUUGCGUCGGAUCCCAUCAAAAUAGUGAGAGCCCAGAGGCAGUACAUGUUUGAUGAGAACGGUGAACAGUACUUGGACUGCAUCAACAAUGUUGCCCAUGUGGGACACUGUCACCCAGGAGUGGUCAAAGCUGCCCUGAAACAGAUGGAACUGCUAAAUACAAAUUCUCGAUUCCUCCACGACAACAUUGUUGAGUAUGCCAAGCGCCUUUCAGCAACUCUGCCGGAGAAACUCUCUGUUUGUUAUUUUACAAAUUCAGGAUCUGAAGCCAACGACUUAGCCUUACGCCUGGCUCGGCAGUUCAGAGGCCACCAGGAUGUGAUCACUCUUGACCAUGCUUACCAUGGUCACCUAUCAUCCUUAAUUGAGAUUAGCCCAUAUAAGUUUCAGAAAGGAAAAGAUGUCAAAAAAGAAUUUGUACAUGUGGCACCAACUCCAGAUACUUACAGAGGAAAAUAUAGAGAAGACCAUGCAGACCCAGCCAGUGCUUAUGCAGAUGAAGUGAAGAAAAUCAUUGAAGAUGCUCAUAACAGUGGAAGGAAGAUUGCUGCCUUUAUUGCUGAAUCCAUGCAGAGUUGUGGCGGACAAAUAAUUCCUCCAGCAGGCUACUUCCAGAAAGUGGCAGAAUAUGUACACGGUGCAGGGGGUGUGUUUAUAGCUGAUGAAGUUCAAGUGGGCUUUGGCCGAGUUGGGAAACAUUUCUGGAGCUUCCAGAUGUAUGGUGAAGACUUUGUUCCAGACAUCGUCACAAUGGGAAAACCGAUGGGCAACGGCCACCCGGUGGCAUGUGUGGUAACGACCAAAGAAAUUGCAGAAGCCUUCAGCAGCUCUGGGAUGGAAUAUUUUAAUACGUAUGGAGGAAAUCCAGUAUCUUGUGCUGUUGGUUUGGCUGUCCUGAAUAUAAUUGAAAAUGAAGACCUUCAAGGAAAUGCCGAGAGAGUAGGGAAUUAUCUCACUGAGUUACUGAAAAAACAGAAGGCUAAACACACUUUGAUAGGAGAUAUUAGGGGCAUUGGCCUUUUUAUUGGAAUUGAUUUAGUGAAGGACCAUCUGAAAAGGACCCCUGCCACAGCUGAAGCUCAGCACAUCAUCUACAAGAUGAAAGAAAAACGAGUGCUUCUCAGUGCCGAUGGACCUCAUAGAAAUGUACUUAAAAUAAAACCACCUAUGUGCUUCACUGAAGAAGAUGCAAAGUUCAUGGUGGACCAACUUGAUGGGAUUCUAACAGUUUUAGAAGAAGCCAUGGGAACCAAAACCGAAAGUGUGACCUCUGAGAAUACUCCAUGCAAAACAAAGAUGCUGAAAGAAGCCCACGUAGAACUGCUUAGGGACAGCACCACUGACUCCAAAGAAAAUCCCAGCAGAAAGAGAAAUGGAAUGUGCACGGAUACACAUUCGCUGCUCAGUAAGAGGCUCAAGACAUGACUGAUUUGCAUUUUAAAGCAAGAUGCGAUGUCCAGAGUUACAGAGAAUGAGUAGAUGUGUCUCAUCGGUUAAUAGCUCUAUUGUACCUCUAAAGGUGGAAUUGUCAGUUUAGAUUCAUAAAUGAAAAGGUAAAUGAGUAAUCAGAAUAAGCCAAGUGAUAAUCAAACCAUGUCAAGAUUAUUAGUUCAGACUCUAGCCUGUUAAUUUUCUUAUUUGAUUUCUGAAGCUACCUGAUUUAUUCUAUUAAAUGUAAGCUUGCAAACUCAAAAUAAGUUGGCAGAUUUACCUCUCAUGUUUUAAUGUGUCAAAUUAGAGAGCAAAGUAUAACAGGUGCCUUCACUUUUGAGACUUAGUGCCUUAAAAUAUGUAUUCUAUAAUGAUUUCAUAUAUUAAAGUAUAUUUAUUGACUGUAAUGAAAUAAAAUAUGAUGUAAACAA